AUGACCGGGUGCGGGGGUGAUUGCGGCCUGCCUUCCGUGCAGGCGCUCCCCUCGUCUCCGAUGGCCCUCCUCCCCCUCCCCGAGCGAUGGUGUCGGCUCUCAUGGCAAAUCGGUGAUGCAUAUGAUGUUGUGGCAGACACGAUGCUCCUCGCAGUGGGCACUUGCUGGUGCUAUUCUGGCCCCGGCGGCCUAGCCCACGUCUCUCAUAUGUCCUUCACUGUCAGCGUCAUAUGUCGAGCAGCUCCGGCCUCGACUCAGUGGCAAUGGGAUUGCUCAGCUUCAGGCCAGGGAGAGAUCCUUGAUCGACUUGCCGGUGCUGGCAGCGACGGCGCCCGCGGGUGUCGUUUCCUUCUUAGAGGCGAUGCCAAGGCCUUCAGCUAUGCCCCUCUUCGAGCGCAGCCUCGCUCCUGCUCUGGUUCGCACUGGCAGCACACGCCGUGGUGGCUGCGAGGACCGUGCCCGCUUCAGCUGGCGGCGUGGCGGAGGCCUCACUUCAAGCCGCCGCCACCACGGAGAAGGGCGCAGGUGACAGCAGGAGCGCGCGUGGCGGACGUGAAGAACCUGUUCGUGGGCGUGGGAGGCAUGGGUGACCUGCCGGGCCUCCCGGCCGUCGGCGGCGGCUACGGCGGGGGCUUCGGCAACAACGGAGCCGGCUUCUUCACCGGCGUUACGGGUCCGCUUGGCGGCGUUGGGGGCGGCGUGGGGAGCAUCACUUGGCUGCAUGGCGUGGUGGGAGCUGGCGGUAUCUCUAUCGGAGGGUUCGCUGGUGGUGGCAUCCCGUUCGGCGGGCUCGGAGGCAGGCACGGCAGCGGAGGCGCCGGCGCCGUGGCACCUUGAGUACGUCGUCUCGGCCGAGCUGGCUAGGGCGCUCUGCGACGUGCAUAUACUUGCGUGACCAUAUG